CUGAUAGACCGAGCCACCAGCCCCCGUGAUGAAGGCGAUCCCAAAGCUGAGCAGAAGACCCUGGAGGAGAGCUGGCAGGACUUGGCUUUGAUCAAGGCGACGCCAAAACCCCCCAAGAAGCAGAGAAGGGAAGACCUCAGCGAGCCUCUAAGAAAAGGGAACCCCUCGGAGCCUCUGCUCCCUCCGGCUCGGCCGCUGGCGCCAGAGCCCAGGGUCUGCUCUGCCCCUCUGGAGACUCCUCGGGUCGAAUCCAGCCCUCCGUGCUGCCUCACGCUGCAGGAGAAGUUCCUCUUGCACUACAGCAGCCGGCUGGCUGUGCCCGAGGCGCAAGCGUCCUUCGCCCUGCAGCUGGCCAGGAGCAUCUGCGCCCAACUGCAGAACUUCCUGCGGAGCAAGUGCCCGGAGCUGCCCUUCGGCACCCUCUUCCUCAGCGGUCCGCUGCUCGAUGGCCUUGGGGUUCUGGCAGCCGAUCACGUCCACCUCAUGCUGCCGGUGGUCCUCGACGCCGCGCUCUGGAGCCUCAUCCCGGGAGAGGACACCGUGGUGAGGAACCCCCAGUACUGGAUGAUCAAGAGGACUGAUCUGGAGUAUUUCCCUCGUGGGCGCAGCCCCUGGGACAGGUUCAUCGUGGGGCGGUACCUCUCCUCCAACACGCUCAAUGAGACCCUCCACAAGAUGCUGGUGGCCUCCAUCAACUGGCCUGCCAUAGGCAGCCUGCUGGGGAGCGUCAUCCACCCAGUCGUGGCCUCCCAGGAGCUGAAGCUGGAAGUCAAACACGAUCAGGUCAAGCUGAGCAUCACCCUCUUCCCGGUGGUGGAACUGGAGGACAAGGUUCUUCUGGCUGCUCCUCCUGAAGGACUGGUGGAAAACCUUUGGCUGGAGAGCUUUUACAGGGCAGAGGUCUCGAAGGUGAAGGAGCUGGAUGCCAGUGACUCCGGGGCUCGGCAGCACUGCCUCCGCAUCCUGAACGGCGUCUGCAAGAGCCAUCCUGCCCUGCACAAACUGAGCGGCAGCCCUUUGACCCACGUCGUCCUUCACCUCAGUGCCACCAGUUCAGACUGGGCAGAAGAAAGCCUUGCUGACAGGUUCCAGCAGGUGCUUGAGGAGCUGGUAGGCUACCUGGAGAAAGGUGUCCUGCCUUCCUAUUUCAACCACAAAAUCAAUCUCUUCUGCGAGCUGUUGGAAGAGGAAAUCGAUGAGAUGGGCUUCAUGCUAUGA